AUCCCAUCGACCCACUCAUCAUUCUGCGUAGCCCCCGCACGCUUCCUUGUUUUCUACUUCUACAACCUUUUUUUACGAGCUCUGAGAGCAUCGGACGCGUGAGACACACCGUCAUUCAUCACGGACCACCACGAUGCCUCGAACACGCGGCGUUGUGCGCGACGCGCCCCCGCCCGCCGUCGACAAGUCCCCGGCACGUCCCGCAGCCAUGAAGCGUUCCGUCUCGCUUACACUGCCCCCAACGCCCCCGCGCACGGCCACCAAGCGCAAACGUGCACGCUCACGCGUCACCGACUCGGAGUCGGACGAGGAGGAUGAGCUUCCGCAGCCCGCGCCGAGGCACGACAGCGACGAGGAGUGCGCGCAAAAGCGUCCUGGCGCGGUGGUCAUCGGGAAUAAGAAGCGCAAGACGCUUGAUGCGAUUGCGGAGGAGCUGAGCGAGACGCAGGUCGAGGAGGCAUUUUGGAUGGGCACAUCGACGGACGCCCGAAGAGAGACGAGCAAGAAGGAGGGGAAGGAAGACGACGAGGUAGAGGAGAAGCCGAAGGCUCGAUAUGAAUUGAGGUCUCGUUCCCAAUCCCGCUCGCCUUCGUCGUCACCGCCAAUCGCGCCUCACCUGCUGCAGCGCCAGCGGACCGGGCUAUUCUCUCCGCCACCGUCACGUCGUCAACCGAGGAUGCGUGCCAGGAGUCGACAACCGAGUCCUCCAGCAAGGGCGUCGCGGAGCCCUCCCGAGCGGCCGCUGUUUCCUGUGCGAGACUCACCCAACAACCCGUUCUUGUCCGAUGAGAGUCCUACCCCUGCUGCUGAGGCUGAGAGUGGACCUGAGAGUCUUCCGGAACCGACUAUAUCCGACUCACUGCUGGAGAGGCCGACAAUUACCUAUGUCUUCCGUGGGACGAAGGUCAUACUAGCCAACCCUCACUACAAACCUCCAGGCUCUCACUCGGAUUCAGAAGGCGUAGAUCCCUCUUCUCUGCCUGUCACGCAUCCGGACUUCAGUCCUCCUCCAGCAUAUGGGCCCAAGCUGCUUUUCCCGGAGGCCCGCCGCGACCUCCUCCGGAGACGAGCGCAGCGGGGCACGCAACCACAACCUAGCGCCCGGCCCACGACCAGGGCUUCAUCCCGACGGACGGCGAGCGCCACCCCUGAGCCGAGUACGCCUCAAAGGCGGUCGCGCACCAAGUCGCGAUCACCGGUCCCUCCGGCUGUGGCCUCGGAUGACGAGGACUCGGAGCUCGUGCUACCCGCGCGUCCGCAGGCGAAGGCAAAAGCAAAGGCGCCACGCGUAGCCGUGGCCGAAGAAGACAUCGAGUCCGCGCUGCAGGCGGCGAUGGCCAGCCGUCUCGCGCACCACGUGGGUGCGCUAGUGCCGGAGGACACGAAGACGCGCACGAGAGCUCAUGGGGCUCCACGGCUUCCGGAGAAGGACAACGACGCGAUGCGGCGAGCGAUGGGCCCUGUGCGGGUGGCCAGUCGUCCUGCUGCCGAAUCAUCACGCUGAGUUGGCUGGUCUUCAUCGGUAUUCUGUUUUUCUUUUGUAUGCGCACUGUUUCCGUCUGCUCGCUUUUGCCAGAUCCUAAUUGUCAAGUGCUUACACAUGUCUCAUCCAUCGUUUCAUACUUCUCUUCGCUGUGUACAGACCCGAAGACAUGACUGAUGUCCACUACUAACCCACCUUCAUCUUGUUUGCGACACCCACAUCAUUACCAUCUCCUCGAUUUGCGAUACCUAUCCUGUCCCGCGUCGAUAUGCCAUCUAUAUCUUGUUGACUGCUCUCACUUGAAUACUAUGUCUCUGCGUCGGGUUCAGACGUUGCGCAAUAUAGCUUCUGCAUCAUGAUUUCUUGUUCUCACUCGAGUGGCCGAUCUCUCACUUUUUCUUGCUUUUAGAGCAGGCUUUUCGGGCACAGCAUGCGGUGCGACAACUGUAGAUAACAUAGCAGUGUUUUACAUGAAUGAUUGAGCAAAGUGUUU